ACGAAUCAUAAAUCACAACAAUGAUUGAUAUUUCUGUCUGUUGCCACCAGUAAAGCGAAACAGGAGAGAAGAUGACUUCUGCGGAGAACGGCACCAGCGCCGCCGGCGCCCCUGCCUUCAAGAUCUACACCGGCGCCGAUCCGUUCGGUUGCCCCCUCAAGGAUGCCCUCGUCGCCCACCUCCACUCCCUCCCCGGCGUAGAAGUCGUCGACCUCGGCACCGACAAAUAUUAUUCUGUCGCCGAGCAGAUCGGCCGGCUCGUGAGCGCUGCCGCCGCUUCUGGAGGCUCUUCCCCCGAAACCCGCGGCGUCAUCGCCUGCGGCACUGGAGUCGGCGUUUCCAUCUUCGCCAACAAGUUCCCCCGUGUCUAUGCCGCCGCCUGCUUCUCCGAGGGCGAUGCCGCCAACGCCCGAUCUAUCAGCGCCUGCAACGUCCUCACCGUCUCCGGUAUGAACACCACCCCCGAGGACGCCGUCAAGAUUCUUGAAACCUGGCUCAAAACCCCCUUCAAAGCUCCCUGCCCGGCCUCCGGUGACGCCGAUUGGCCGGAUGAUAUCCAGGACUUCCUCGAUAACGCCCCAAAAGAGAUGGCCGCCAUCCCCAACAUCGCCUCCUCCUGUGCCAUCUGCUGCCUGAGGAAAGCCAUCACUUUUGAGCCCGUCGAGAUCAUGCCGGGCGGCGAGAUGAAGAUUGCGCGCGAGAGCCCGACGUCGGCGAUAGUUAGGUUUAAGGCUGGGAGCGUUGAGCCGGCGCACCACCACACUUUCGGGCACGACCUCCUGGUGAUGAAAGGGAAGAAGAAAGUUUGGAAUUUGACAAAAAAGGAGAGCUAUGAUCUUGAAGAUGGGGACUUCCUGUUUACGCCGGCAGGCGAUGUGCAUCGAGUCAAGUACUUUACGGAUACUGAGUUCUUCAUCCGGUGGGACGGGGAUUGGGAUAUCUUCCUUGAUGAGGACCUGAAAGCAGCUAACGAAGCCAUUGACAAGGAGCUUGCUGGCAGUGGUAAUUGAGAUGAGACGCUCCUUGUGAGGUACAUAUUUGAAGCUUUAAUUCUCUGUUUAUGGCUCUAAAUAUGAUGAUCUUGCUUGUUUCUGAGCACGACUGUGUUACUUUAGCUAUGUGUGAAUUGCUGCUUGUUAGAAUAAAAUGGUGUUUGGAAAACUGCUGCUAGGAAGUGAAGAGAAACAGUGCUGAAAAAAUUUGUAAGAACUUUGGUGUCUUGUGUGUUUUUACAAAUUACCAGUUGCUUUUCCUAGAA